AUGGGAGGUUAUCAGCAGAAGCUUUUAAUAGAAGAAGAAAGACGUUUCUUCCAAAGUGGAGUCAACGUCAAGAGGCCCAUAUUGCCCAAUGGCCUGGGAUAUGUAACUGUGCAACCUUCACCUCAUACAGGCAUAAAUCUUGGAGGAUGUGUCUCCAGCAAGCCCUUGCUUUCACCGGCUGGAUUUUAUUAUCAGGACCAGUGGAUGUCAAGAAACUGUAAUGUUCGACGCUUCAACACUCCUGCAAAUAUUACAAACUGUCUCCGUGGGAAAAAAGUUCACAUUUUUGGAGAUUCCACUAUACGUCAGUGGUUUGAAUAUUUGACAGAAUUUGUACCAGGUCUGAGGAAGUUUGAUCUUGGCAAUUCUAGAAUGACGGGGCCACAUCUCGCUUUGGAUAUAGACAACAAGAUCAAGGUGGAAUACAAUGCUCAUGGCUCACCGAUCCGAAUCUUGCCCAUUUCAAAUCAGGACCUGCCAUUCAUCGCAAAUAAACUGGAUGAGAUUAAAGGUGGAAAGAACACUGUUAUAGCCUUCACCAUUUGGUGUCAUUUCAACACUUUCCCAGUUGAACCAUACAUCCGCAGGCUCCAGAACAUCCGCAGGUCAAUUCUACGUUUGCUGGAAAGGAGCCCAGAUACACUGGUUGUAAUAAAGACUGCCAAUGUCCAGGCCCUUCCGCGGGAGGUCAGUCUCUACAACAGUGACUAGUAUUCUUAUCAACUUGACUUAGUGAUGAGAAAGAUGUUUGAGGGCAUCAACGUGGCAUUUGUGGAUGCCUGGGAGAUGACAAUAGCACAUUACCUACCUCAUGAAUUACAUCCCAAAAGAAUCAUUAUAAAAAAUGAAGUAGAUGUAUUUCUUUCAUAUGUGUGUCCUUUAUGAAAAGGUGAAGCACUGUUUAUUAGAUUGAAA